AUGGCUAAUGCACUUUGUCAACGAUGCACAUCCCUCAACCUCUCAAUUGCCAAAUUCCGUAUCGAUGACAAAAACGGAGACGAGGACAACAGGUCGCCAGAACUAACCAGGUCCCGUUCCUAUUUCGGAACGGUGACUCAGAUCAGAGACUCGGCAGAAAAUUGCGAGCUCUGUGAGCUCAUUGCUGACACUGUCCGUGAUGCAAACGUCCCGCACAUAGAUGAUGUGGCUUGCCAUCUGCUCUGGGAAAUGGAUGGCCGAACCUCGGCCAAACCGCUAUUUGGCCAGAAAGGUAAUAAGUCACGCAGACUCCGAGUUUGCUGGAGCGACACUAGGCUCAAAUCUCACGAGGCCUAUGUUAUGCUGGCAGCGCCUCCAAAGUACGACAAAUCCGACGUCGACUAUCCUGGCCUCUUGAACGACGAAACUCAGUUUCUCGGGAGGCGCAUCGGAUCCAGUCACAACAAGAAGAACCUUGUUCGUGAGUUUCUACGUCUCUGUGAGACUUGCCACGACGAACGUUGUACAGCGCAGCUAGGCAUCGAGGACCCAUUCAGAGAUACCUUGAACGAACCCUACUUCGGUGUUAUCGAUAUGGAGAAUGAAAGCCUAGUUCCCCUUCCCUACAUGGAUGACGGGAAUCAGCUUCGAUUUAAACCAUAUGCCACAGUCAGUUAUGUCUGGGGUAAUGGACACAGCCGCCAGCAUGCCACCAGGGUCAGCAACAUCCAGAGCCGACGCAAGUCUGGUGGUCUUUCUGCUGUCAUCAGAGACUUACCAAAGGCUCUUCGACAAAGCAUCGCCUUGACUCAUCAAUUGGGAAUUAGAUACAUCUGGAUCGAUGCCUUAUGCAUCGUGCAGAACAGUAGGCACUCUUGGAAUCUCAACGCCAGGGCAAUGCAUUUGAUCUAUGGCAACUCCGUUCUUACGAUAUGCGCAGCAGAUGGAAUUGAUGCCAAUACUGGUCUUUUGGCUCUCGACGACAAUCACCAAACACGACAGAUGGUUGUGAACUAUGGCCCAGGGGUUUGUCUCAUGCUACACCGACCGGCUGAAACGAGUAUUGAGACCACUCAAUGGAACAGACGCGCAUGGACAUUCCAAGAACGGCUUCUGUCGAAGAGGUGUCUCAUUUUCACAGAGGGUCGAAUCUUCUUCCAAUGUCGAUCCACCGGUAUGUCUGAAGAUGUGUUUUCAGAUCGUCUAGGGAGAGGCUGGUCGCUGGAUCUGGUUCGGGCUCCCCUACAGAUGCUAUCGCAGCUCAAAAUCAGAGCCAUGUGGUUCUACGCACACUGUGUUGCCCUAUAUACUAUUCGAGAUCUAUAUGAGCCCUUCGAUAUUCUGGCAGCAUUCAGCGGCAUGUGUAAGCUCAUGGAGAAUACCAUUCGAGCGCCAUUUGCUUUUGGCCUUCCCACGUCACAUUUCGAUCUCGCCCUUCUCUGGCAGCCGAUUGGGAGAUCAGUAAUUUUAGAAGAGGCAAAGGUCUCCAAUGAUCCGAAAUACAAAGACAUGAGAUUUCCCAGUUGGUCAUGGUGUGGCUGGAAUAGCCAAGGCGCGAUGUAUAAUUCGGACAUGGUUGGUGGGUGUUUAGCCGAUGUGCGCACUUGGAUCUUGAACCAUACUUGGAUUGACUGGCAUAUACGCGAUGGAUACGGCACCCUCCGUCGAGUUUGGGACACCCGUCAUUCCAAAGCAGAUGAAAGUGAAGACGUCCGAUGGAGAGGUUACGAUACAGUAACACGAGGUCAAAAGAAAAAUGACAAGAGAGGUAACGAGGAAACAGAAACUUCCAGCUCCAGCUCCAGCUCCAGCUCCAGCUCCAGCUCUUCAUCCGACUCCAGCUCUGUAUCCGACGUCGCGAUGAGACGUGUGACUUCAACCAGCGCAUUUCGAAAAUCAUCACUUGCUGUGAAAAGCAAUUCAAAAGCUGUUCAAAGAUUGCAAAGACGGCUAAGUGCCAGCUUUUCUUCGCAGACGGAUAAGUUUGGCCGGACAUACCUCGGAUCUUCAACUCUGCCUAACGUCUCAACAACCUCAUCGCCAGAGUUCACUUUAACGCUACCUGAGGACCCAUAUAAUGUUCUUACAACAGAAACAACCAAAACAUCCAUACCUUCCAGCUCAAUUGAAGAGUUCCCAGACCAACCAUUCUUACAAUUCUUCACUUGGAGAGCAAAAUUCCACGUCUUACGCCCCGAAACCCAGAGUUACUUGGACCUCCCGCAGCGUUCAAAUGGCCUAGAAGCCAAUCAGACCGAACCCGUACAGCAUCUCUGCCGCUGCGAGAUCAGUGAUCAGCGUGGGGAUAAGUGCGGGUCAGUGGUCGUCGACAGCGAGUGGCUCGGAAAUAAGGAAAACGAACAACAGACCUUGUUUGAGUUCAUCGCCAUUUCUGAUGCAAAGGAUUUCACCAAUGAGGAAUUUCCCGACUGGACAUACUAUAUUCCAAAGGAAAGGAUUGAGUCAGAAUGGGACCUCUACUUUGUUCUAUUAGUUGAGUUUUAUCCAGAAGAAGGAAUAUAUCGCCGAGUUGCGCUGGGAAAGGUUUUUAAGGCUGCGUUUACGCACUUAGUAGAAAAAGAGUGGAAGGAGAUUAUUUUAGGUUAA